AUGCUGCGACCGGCGACGCCCUUGACAGUCCUGCUUGGCCUCGCCUUUGCUUUGCUGCUCCUCUCGGUGCUGUCAGCCCCCAUCAUCUCGGCCAUUCCCCUCGGUAGCUUUGAAGAUGUUCAGUUUGGCGUUUUUGGUUUCUGCCGGUCUUCGGGCUGUAGCAGUGUUGGCAUCGGUUAUGACAUUGGCAGCGUGAUUCCCAAUCAAAAGAAUUCGGCCUUUGAUCUGCCUAGUGGUGUUCGCCAUACGCUCUCCUCCAUCUUGAUUCUUCACCCUGUUGCCGCAUUUCUUACGCUGGUCAUGCUUUUCAUGGCCAUUGCUGCUCACUUCCGCGCUGCCUCCCAUUCGUCGAGGUAUCUGCUCUUCUUCUUCAUUUUUAAUUUCAUCACCCUUCUCGUCUGCAUUGCCGCUUUCGUCAUCGAUGUCUUACUCUUCAUUCCUCACAUGGCGUGGGGCACCUACAUUGUCCUCGCCGGCACCAUCUUGGUCUUCCUGAGUGCUCUGGUCUCUUGCGCCAUGCGACGUACUCUGGUAAGCAGAAAAGACCGAAAGAGAAGGAUUGCGGAGAAUGCAGAGAUGAGUGGUGAAAACUACUACAACCGGGAGAACCAGGUGCCAAAAACCGACUUCACCAUGACCACCCAGCCCACGGUGCCAACCGUUAGCGGUGGAAGCGGCACCCAAGACACUUUGCCUGCAUUCGCCACAUACGAAACUCCGAGAGACGACCAGCAGAGCGAGGAACGCAUUCCUCUGACGCAGCGAACUACGUCUGAGAGGUCAUCCAAUGGAAGGCAGCCCGCGGCCGUCGAUAUGGCCGCCGUUGCAGGCAGCGAAGUCAGCGGUGGCUAUGGCGCAGGCGGAUUACAGCGAUCGGCAACGCAGGAUUCGUACACUAAUUAUGGCAACAUGCCUCCCAACGCCUACGGAGCGGCUGGCCAGCCGUAUGAUGGCCGCCGGGGCCCCACCAGACGAGAAACGGACCCUGUGAACGGCUACGGCGGUGGUCGUGGGGGCUACGGAGCUCCUAUGCGAGGACGAGGAGGCUAUGGCCCUGCCGGUCGAGGUGGAUACGGCCCGCGUGGUGGACGAGGAGGAUACGGACCGCCAUCUCGCGCCGGCUAUGGUGGUGGCCCUUACUACAACGGAGGCGGAGCACGCAGUCCGCCACCAAUGAAUUAUUCUUCUGACGAUGUGGGUGGCCAGUACAGCAACAGACGGCAGCCUCCACCGCGGCAAGGAUUUGCUGAUGGUCGGGGGACACCUUAUGGCGGUGCGCAGCAGCCACCACAAUCAGACGCUGCCGUAAACUAUGGUGCACCGAGUGAUCUCGACUUGCCUAGGGCAGAAUCACCUCCACCGCUACCAGAAGCCACCGAGUCUGCUGUUUCAUCAGUUGGGCAGGCCAUAGAGAUGGACGCGACGCCGGCUGCCGGGGCAAGCAACAAAGCUGGCCAGUAUGGCAACAUCACGGAUAGCGAUCCAGAUGUUGUCGGAAUGGUUCAUCUCCAGCAGGACCAGCCGCCUUCUUCUGCGCGGAGAGAGACGUUUGCCAGUGACGGGAGCAAGUAUUCCCAAGAUGAGCAAUACGUCCCAUCUCGUGCCCAGUGGAACCAAGAGGGGGGAAGAAAUUCGCCUCUUGUAGCGCCUCUAGCAAAUGCGCAGCGCAACCCUACGCCUGAUCACUCUAGAAGCCCUGCACCGUCAGCAACUGGUAUCAAGGACAAGGGAACCUAUUAUGAAGAUGUCGACCCUCGCUUUGACCAGACGCCUCGUACACCGCCGCGACGCCAAACACCGCCGCCGCUACAUAUCCAAGAAGUCGGCUACGACGACAUGCGAGGUGGUCCUGAUGGGACUCGCAGCCCUGCUGAGUCGGAGCACUCCAACUUUACAUCCAUCUCGCAGCGUGGUAUCAACCCUCAGUGGAGCCCACAGCCACCAAUGCCUCAGCGCCGACCAGUACAGCAGCGCCAUGACAUGAUUCUGGACAACCCCGACUUUAGACUUCCCGGGGGUCGAUCGACCGCAGCGGGAAAGCGAAGGAUACCAGGCAUGAUUCCUGAGAGCGCGUACCCGAAUCCGAAUCGCCCAAUGUAG